ACAGCACUGAUCUGUUGGAUCAGAAUGUUGGAAUAGGGUUGGAAGGACUAACAGAAAGCAUUAUGUAAAGGCCCAGAAUAAAAGAGAACCCAAGUCUCGCCUAUUCCAUUUAAAGACAUUUUUUUCAAGCCGUUGGUUGAAGGUGCCUGGUAUUUUAUCGAGGGAAUAAUAGUAGCCAGGCAGCUCAAGGCAGGCAUUUAUACGUCAUCUAUUAGAGCAGCCAUAACACACUACAUGUUUGGGCCUGUGCCCUUGAUAAACCUACUUAUCAUUCUCCCACUACAAAAAUUAUAUUAUAUAAUCAAGGACGAGGAGUUUCCGACCAAAGAGAAGGGGGAGCAGCUCAGCCAAGGGGGCUGCCAUUAUUAAUAUUUGUUAUGAUUGUAGACAAGAGGGCACUUUUACAUGGUAUAACUUGGAGGCCAAUCGGCUGCCUUCCCUCCCAAUCCACUGCUACUGGGCUCUAAAUAUAAGGGCUUGGGAAUUACAGUAUGAGAGUUCAGCAGAAUUCCUCAGCUUGCACAAUACAAUAUGGUCUGCUCCAUUUGUGCCAUCCUUAUCUCCUGUCUUUUUGGCCAAGCAUUGAGUGCCCCUCUUCAGGCCACCUUGUCACCCAAUAAUAGUACUGGAAAAAGUGAUCCCUUCGGCCAGGGCCAUGUCUUCAGCAGGAUCUUAAAAGCCAACCAAGGAAAUAGAGUCCCACGGGUUCAAGAAGACAUUGCUGUUGGGGUCUCACGUAGUGCCAUCACCUACACGGAGUGCUUAUGGCAGAAAACAAAUGGGACAGUGUAUGUGCCGUACACACUGGAUGAUAAAUACAGUAACAGUGAAGUUAACACAAUGACGUCGGCCAUGGAAGUGUACGCCACCCUGACCUGCGUGCAGUUUGUCCCUUACACUGAUGAAGAUGAUUAUGUCAAUAUAACAUCUGGCGAUGGCUGUUGGUCCUACAUGGGACGGCAACGAGGAGCCCAAGUGGUGUCCGUAGAGAAAGGUUACUGUACUUCCGAGGGGACAACCAUGCACGAACUCAACCAUGCCCUGGGCUUUGUACAUGAGCAGUCCAGGAGCGACCGGGAUAACUAUGUUAAUAUAAUGUAUCAGUACAUCUCACCAGGUGACGUUGCCGAAUUUAAGAAAAUGGAAAGCAACAACCUUGGCACCACAUAUGACUACCGCUCUGUCAUGCAUUACCCAGCGUGGGCUUUCAGCAACACAACUGGACAAAACACUAUAGUGGCCAAGCCUAACCCCAAUAUAAUAAUUGGAGCAGGAAACACAAUGACCAGCUUGGAUAUUAUAAAGAUAAACCGGCUCUAUGAGUGUGAUGUCUGUAGUUCUCUCCUUACUGAUGCCAACGGAACUGUCACCUCAGCCAAUUAUCCAUCUCCUUACCCAAAUAAUGCCAAGUGUGUGUGGGUCAUCCAGGCACCGUCCGAUUUGGUAACCCUGACGUUCGCUGCCUUUAAUCUCCAAUCUGCCCCAAACUGUGCCUCUGACUACAUUAGAGUUUAUGAUGGGCGCACCAGAACUUCCCCGCUGCUACUGGACAGAACCUGUGGGUCUAAACGCGUUCCUGCACUGAUCGCCUCGUCAAGUAUGAUGUUAGUGGAGUUUGUCAGUGGUGAUAACAUUGCAGCGACUGGUUUCAGUGCCUCGUACAGUACAGUGAAAUGUGGGGGCACUUACUUCACCCCAUCAAGGAACAUCACUUCCCCUGGAUACCCCAAGAAUUACCCCCCUAAUAGCAACUGUUCCUAUAUCAUUACUGCUCCGGCUUCCCAUAAGGUCUCACUGAGCAAGAUCAGUUUCUAUACAGAAUAUAGCCACACAUGUAGCUAUGAUUACCUGUCUGUGUAUGAUGGGACUUCCACUAACGCACCCCUCCUGAAGACAUUCUGUGGACCCCUGUUCUCUCUUUCGGCCACCUCCACUGGUCAGAACAUGUUCCUCAGGUUCAUCAGUGAUAACUCAAAGCAAGCGUCCGGCUUUCUGCUGACAUACAGUUUUGUGGCUAUAUCCUGAAAUCCAACUUAGAAUGUGGAUCCAAUUCCUCCUAAUGAUCCAUACGUCACAUAUUGGAUCCUAAUCUUUGAGACCUUGCCAAGCAUUUAUCCUUAGAUGGUUGAGUAGAUACAUAGAAUUAUGAAAUAUGUGUUCAGAAUGCCAUAUUGCUCUUUAGUAAAGGGAUACCAACAUCUGAAAUCUUCUAAUGCUGUGGGGUUUUAUGUCAGGGUUGCAAUGGGCUGGCAGGACACCGGGAAAAACCACGGUGGGCCCCAGCUGGUCCCUGCUGCAGGAAUUUUGGCUGCUCCUACCCCAUCCCUGGCCACAGCCACAAAUAAGAGGAAUGUGGCCCACACAGGGGAGUAGAGGAGGCGUAGGCUGGAGAGAGUUUCUCAAAAGUAGAAGCUUGCAAAUGGGGCGGGGCAGCCCUGAGGUGACAGCCCCGAUGGGCCCCCUAGUUCUGUUGCAGCAGUCCAGCCUUGCUUUCCUGGUAAGCCAGCCAUACAUGUUCACAUUUAAGUCCUCUACCGAUGAACGUUCAGCUAUUGAUCGAACAUUAAAAUGCAACAAUUUAAAACUAACAGUCAG